CCACGAAUUACGACAUGGCCGCCAUGGCAGCUGAUGCUUGUUCCAACACUUGACGUUUAACCAGAACAUGUCAUUUUGCAAAUUUCAUUUUCACAAAUGGCAGACUCUUUUUUCGGUUUCGAUACCACGCUCGGCGAUAAUGGUUUAGAGGAUGGACUAGACUGUCCAUUAGGAGAAGAUGAACUUGAAGAAGAAGAAUAUGAUGCCUUGAAUGAUGAAACAUUUGGUCCUGAUGCUGCUAUAGGAGAUUGGGAGGAAGAUCAUGAAAAACUUGCUGAAAUUACAGAAUCAAAUCGUCCACAUAAUCAGAACACACCAAAUAAAAAGGAUAUUUCUACUGUAGAUAUUGAGGAUAAUUUAUCCCAUUUAGUAUUAGAUAAGGAAGGGAUAGUACCGCGACCUGGUGUAUGGAGCAGUCCUUUGAAUUUAAUAUCUUCAAAAACUCAAUCACGAUCAUCUUUGCCAUCCUUAAAAAAUGCCUGUACAGUGGAGGAGCUGGAGAAAGGGCUUAUUGGGAACAGACCGCCUCCAGGUCUCAGUAAAUCACAAACGCAACAACAGCAGAAAAAAUCUGAUAGUUCAGUUGUUUUUGAUAACCUGCCUAUAAAUGACAAACUUCAAAUCAAUGGUGUACCACCUCGUUUUCCACCAGGAUUGAGCCUACCUGCACCACAUCCACUUGUUGUACCCAACAUACGAUUACCCCAUUCUCAAUUUUUGCAGUCUAGAGUAUUACUUAAUCAACAUGGAAAUAUGUUACGUUAUCCUUUGCCGCCGCAUAUAAUGUUGCCACAUACAGUACAAAGGCAAGCUCUUCACGGCUCCUAUGGCUUUCCACAGCCACAUCCCAACUUAGGAGGUUUACAUCCUAACUUGGGUUCACAGUUUAUUCGGCCAGAUCACAUGAUGCCGUUUCCCAACAAUCAAAUCAAUCAUCAACAUCAACAUCCUUAUCUGCAUCCUGGAAACCAGAGAAAUCAGAAUCAAGAUGCACGGUCGUCCAUCACGUCAGGUUCACGCGCAACAAAACUUCAGCGUGACGGUAGAUACUAUCAAAAUGAACAACAACCUGGACAACAUCAACCGUUUUUCAAGAAUAAUCAGUUCCCUCAUCGCUAUCAUGAUAGAAAUAAUCAAAGACAUUAUCAAUAUCAACAUAAUUCUCACAGCAUUAAUGGCAAUGCUUCGGGAGAUCACGAACCCGCAGGAAAACUUGCUAUAAAACCACACGAGAAACAAUGGUUAAUUAAUAUUCAACUGCUACAACUUAAUACAAUUCAACCGUACAUCGAUGAUCAUUAUUAUAUUGUAUUCUGUGAUAAGCGGAAUAAGCGAGAUACGAAUUCGGAUAAAAAACACUACAAUAAUAACGGAUAUCAUAGGGAUCAUAAAGAUUGGGAGUCAACACCUCAAGCUUCAAGAUCUGCGUACACGCCAGCUCAAUUUGAAAAUUCACUAGGCAAACUUCACUGCAGCAGUGUAACUGCUCCACGUAAACUCAUCGAUAUGGAUGUCGUGUCAAGUAAUGACUCUCCAUCUACUCCUCAGUCGCAACAGAAGGAUACUAAAAAGACACGACAGUUACUUCUUGAAAUCGAGAGGUUGUAUACGUUGUUAUUCAAACUCGAAGAUCUAAACAAUCCUCUUGCUCGAAUUCCGGAAUCGCAACAGCAACUAGAGGGAGAAACUGAAGCGAAUGUAAUUAAAACUGAACCUGAAUUACUUAGCAUGAUGCUGUCAUGUCUGCAUCAAUUGAUACAAGACGACAAAUUAGCUAAUAUGCUGAGUAUUCGGAAAGGAAAGACGUUAUUAUUGCGUUUUUUACCUCAUCUAAAUGUGACGGAAUAUAGUAAGCAGUUAAGAAAAUUGUGGACCGCGAUCUUCAAAGGAUUGGCUAUAAUAGGUCGUAGAGAUUGUCACUUGUUAACUGACUUUUACUCUGAAUUUCGAAGAUGGCUUAAUACCAUAAAAGAUUUUGAUACAAUAUUGCGAUUAGCAAGAGCAUUAACUGACUGUACUAUCAAGAACAACAGCUUAACUUUUGCUCUUAUGAAUAAGUUUGGUGUAUCAGCAAUAGCAGCGAUGUUAGAACAAGCAGAACAACUAUGCGUUGCGAAUGAAUCUCUACCUACCGAAUGGUCAACUUUUGUAAGUACAAUUGCCGAAAUAGUCGGUGACUCGUCAUCCUGUGUCAUGCCAUGUCACCCAAUUGCUGCAAAUACGCUCAAUAAACAUUUGGAUCGGAUUUCCAAUUUGAAGAUAGAAAGGUAUACAAUGCUAGCCCGCUUGCUGACUGAUGCCAAUCCUUUACGAUAGUCUAACGUUUACUCUAGUUAUAUCCUUAUACUUUUUCUUUUUUUAAAUUUAUCUUUGUUUUUUAAUAUACGAAAAAAAAUAAAUUAUGCUAAAAAAUACAUACAGACACAAAUAUAUAAUAUUUUAAUAUAAUUAUUAAUGUUAUAUACUGAGAUAUCAUCCACUGUGUAUGAUAAUAUUUCUAAAUAGAUGCCAUGAUUUUACAAAGUAGAUUAAGUCUAAUGCGGGAUAAUUAAAAGAAAACAAAUUUAUAUAGGUAUGUAUAAAUAAAAAUAAUUCCGAGAACAAAAUAUCCCGAAGCACAAUGAAGUUUCUUACUCGUACGUACGUAUAUAUACAUAUGUAUAUACAUGUAUACAUACGUGUGUGUGUGUGUGCGUGCGUGUGUGUGUGC